AUGUCUCAUAUCCUGACAAGCAUCGCCACCAUCCUGGAUGUUUUCUAUCAAUAUUGUGGCCAAGAUGAAGAGUGUGACACAAUGAGCCAAAGUGAACUGAAGGAAUUUCUGGAAAACGAGAUGCAGUUUAUUUUGAAGAAUUCGGGAGACCCUGAUACUGUGGAUGUCUUGAUGCUUAAUCUGGACCGAGAUCGUAACAGGAGAAUAGAUUUUACUGAGUUCCUAUUGAUGAUAUUCAAGCUGACAAUGGCAUUCAACAAAACUUUCAAGAAAGAGUAUUGCCAUGGUCAUGAUGAGGACCAGACAGAAAGAGAAGAAGAGGAAGAAGAACAAAAAAGAGGGGAAUCAGAAUCUAGCACAUCAAGAAGGAAGACUGAAAAGGAAGAUAGGAUAUCCAAAACUGGAAAACCACAGGAAAUAAAGAAAGUCAGGCAUGAGUCUCCCUUGGGAGAGAAAAAGAAACAAAAUUCUGCACCAAAUUCACAACAGAAGGGCUCAAAGAAAGUAAAUGAGGGGUCAAAUUUAAGCAACUCAGGAAAAAGUAAUGAAGAAGAACUUGCUUCCAGCUCAAGCAAACAGAGAGAAAGGCAAACUAAUUCAAAGACAAGCCCCUCCAGAGUAAAGACAGGAGAGAAAUAUGAAACUGACACAGCGAACACAAAUCACAAGGGUGAACUAAGAUAUAGAUCCAAAAUGAGUCAAGAAGAUGGAAAUAACAAACAAAAGGAAUCCAGAAAAAGAGAUCAUUCAGUGACUUUCGAGGAACAAAAAGAAAGUUACAGACAUCCUCAGUCCUCAGGAGCAGAAAAAACCAGCCGUAGAAGAGGAUCAGUCUCUGAAUAUAGCUCAAAAUCUGGCUCAGAUGAGUCUUCAAGCUUUCGGGGAAAAAGAAGUGGAAGAAGUCAUUCCUCAACCUCAGGAACAGAAGGAACAUACUCAGACACAAAAUCAACUGAGUCCUCAAAAAGGAGAGAUAGCUCAAUGUCUGAGGAAGAAUCAGGAAGAUCGAGAGUAAAGGGGAAGAGUUACACUUCAAAACAGUCUACUGCCUCAGGAAACUGUGGUUCAUGCACUGCUUCGAGCUCUGGUCAACAUGGGUCUACUUCAGGUCGGUCAUCUAGCAGCCACCAACAUGGAUCUAAAUCAGGUGGAAGGUCAAGCAGUAGUGGACAAGGGCAUAGAUCCAGUUCCCAGCAGUAUUCCCACUCUGCCAGACAAGGCUCUGGCUCUGGCUCCUGCUCUGAAUCUGGCUCUGAAUCUGGCUCAGAAUAUGGCUCACAUCAGUCAUCAGGCUCUAAACACCAGGGCUCUAGCUCAGGCCAUUCCUCCAGCUCUGGAAGAAAAGGUUCCAGUUCAGGCUCAAGAUCAGGUCACUCCUCCUCUAAGAGGAGGCACAGGUCCAGUUCAGAGGAGGAAUCAGGAAGCUCUGGAGUAAAAGGACAAAGAUCCAGCUCGCAUCAGUCCUCUAGUUCAGGCAGAUAUGGCUCAGGCUCUGGCUCUAGCUCUGGUCAACAUAGCUCUAGUUCAGGUCACUCAUCUAGCAGACAGAACCAUGGAUCUAGUUCAGGUGGAAGGUCAAGCAGUAGUGGAGGACAAGGACAUAGAUCCAGUUCCAAGCAGUCUUCCUACUCUGGCAGACAUAGCGCUGGCUCCACUUCUGGCUCUGGCUCUGGCUCCUGCUCUGAAUCUGGCUCUGAAUCUGGCUCAGAAUAUGGCUCACAUCAGUCAUCAGGCUCUAAACACCAGGGCUCUAGCUCAGGCCGUUCCUCCAGCUCUGGAAGAAAAGGUUCCAGUUCAGGCUCAAGCUCAGGUCAAUCCUCUUCUAACAGGAGGCACAGAUCCACCUCAGAGGACGAAUCAGGAAGCUCUGGAGUAAAAGGACAAAGAUCCAGCUCACAUCAGUCCUCUAGUUCAGGUAAAUAUGGCUCAGGCUCUAGCUCUAGCUCUGGCCGAUAUGGCUCUAGUUCAGGUCACUCAUCUAGCAGCCAGCAACAUGGAUCUAGUUCAGGUGGAAGGUCAAGCAGUACUGGAGGACAAGGGCACAGAUCCAGUUCCAAGCAGUCUUCCUACUCUGGCAGACAUAGCUCUGGCUCCACUUCUGGCUCUGGCUCUGGCUCCUGCUCUGAAUCUGGCUCUGAAUCUGGCUCAGAAUAUGGCUCACAUCAGUCAUCAGGCUCUAAACACCAGGGCUCUAGCUCAGGCCUUUCCUCCAGCUCUGGAAGAAAAGGUUCGAGUUCGGGCUCAAGCUCAGGUCAAUCCUCCUCUAACAGGAGGCACAGGUCCAGUUCAGAGGAGGAAUCAGGAAGCUCUGGAGUAAAAGGACAAAGAUCCAGCUCGCAUCAGUCCUCUAGUUCAGGCAGAUAUGGCUCAGGCUCUGGCUCUAGCUCUGGUCAACAUAGCUCUAGUUCAGGUCACUCAUCUAGCAGACAGAACCAUGGAUCUAGUUCAGGUGGAAGGUCAAGCAGUAGUGGAGGACAAGGACAUAGAUCCAGUUCCAAGCAGUCUUCCUACUCUGGCAGACAUAGCUCUGGCUCCACUUCUGGCUCUGGCUCUGGCUCCUGCUCUGAAUCUGGCUCAGAAUAUGGCUCACGUCAGUCAUCAGGCUCUAAACACCAGGGCUCUAGCUCAGGCCGUUCCUCCAGCUCUGGAAGAAAAGGUUCCAGUUCAGGCUCAAGCUCAGGUCAAUCCUCCUCUAACAGGAGGCACAGAUCCAGCUCAGAGGACGAAUCAGGAAGCUCUGGAGUAAAAGGACAAAGAUCCAGCUCACAUCAGUCCUCUAGUUCAGGUAAAUAUGGCUCAGGCUCUAGCUCUAGCUCUGGCCGAUAUGGCUCUAGUUCAGGUCACUCAUCUAGCAGCCAGCAACAUGGAUCUAGUUCAGGUGGAAGGUCAAGCAGUACUGGAGGACAAGGGCACAGAUCCAGUUCCAAGCAGUCUUCCUACUCUGGCAGACAUAGCUCUGGCUCCACUUCUGGCUCUGGCUCUGGCUCCUGCUCUGAAUCUGGCUCUGAAUCUGGCUCAGAAUAUGGCUCACAUCAGUCAUCAGGCUCUAAACACCAGGGCUCUAGCUCAGGCCGUUCCUCCAGCUCUGGAAGAAAAGGUUCGAGUUCGGGCUCAAGCUCAGGUCAAUCCUCCUCUAACAGGAGGCACAGGUCCAGUUCAGAGGAGGAAUCAGGAAGCUCUGGAGUAAAAGGACAAAGAUCCAGCUCGCAUCAGUCCUCUAGUUCAGGCAGAUAUGGCUCAGGCUCUGGCUCUAGCUCUGGUCAACAUAGCUCUAGUUCAGGUCACUCAUCUAGCAGACAGAACCAUGGAUCUAGUUCAGGUGGAAGGUCAAGCAGUAGUGGAGGACAAGGUCAUAGAUCCAGUUCCAAGCAGUCUUCCUACUCUGGCAGACAUAGCUCUGGCUCCACUUCUGGCUCUGGCUCUGGCUCUGGCUCCUGCUCUGAAUCUGGCUCUGAAUCUGGCUCAGAAUAUGGCUCACGUCAGUCAUCAGGCUCUAAACACCAGGGCUCUAGCUCAGGCCGUUCCUCCAGCUCUGGAAGAAAAGGUUCCAGUUCAGGCUCAAGCUCAGGUCAAUCCUCCUCUAACAGGAGGCACAGAUCCAGCUCAGAGGACGAAUCAGGAAGCUCUGGAGUAAAAGGACAAAGAUCCAGCUCACAUCAGUCCUCUAGUUCAGGUAAAUAUGGCUCAGGCUCUAGCUCUAGCUCUGGCCGAUAUGGCUCUAGUUCAGGUCACUCAUCUAGCAGCCAGCAACAUGGAUCUAGUUCAGGUGGAAGGUCAAGCAGUACUGGAGGACAAGGGCACAGAUCCAGUUCCAAGCAGUCUUCCUACUCUGGCAGACAUAGCUCUGGCUCCACUUCUGGCUCUGGCUCUGGCUCCUGCUCUGAAUCUGGCUCUGAAUCUGGCUCAGAAUAUGGCUCACAUCAGUCAUCAGGCUCUAAACACCAGGGCUCUAGCUCAGGCCGUUCCUCCAGCUCUGGAAGAAAAGGUUCGAGUUCGGGCUCAAGCUCAGGUCAAUCCUCCUCUAACAGGAGGCACAGGUCCAGUUCAGAGGAGGAAUCAGGAAGCUCUGGAGUAAAAGGACAAAGAUCCAGCUCGCAUCAGUCCUCUAGUUCAGGCAGAUAUGGCUCAGGCUCUGGCUCUAGCUCUGGUCAACAUAGCUCUAGUUCAGGUCACUCAUCUAGCAGACAGAACCAUGGAUCUAGUUCAGGUGGAAGGUCAAGCAGUAGUGGAGGACAAGGACAUAGAUCCAGUUCCAAGCAGUCUUCCUACUCUGGCAGACAUAGCUCUGGCUCCACUUCUGGCUCUGGCUCUGGCUCUGGCUCCUGCUCUGAAUCUGGCUCUGAAUCUGGCUCAGAAUAUGGCUCACGUCAGUCAUCAGGCUCUAAACACCAGGGCUCUAGCUCAGGCCGUUCCUCCAGCUCUGGAAGAAAAGGUUCCAGUUCAGGCUCAAGCUCAGGUCAAUCCUCCUCUAACAGGAGGCACAGAUCCAGCUCAGAGGACGAAUCAGGAAGCUCUGGAGUAAAAGGACAAAGAUCCAGCUCACAUCAGUCCUCUAGUUCAGGUAAAUAUGGCUCAGGCUCUAGCUCUAGCUCUGGCCGAUAUGGCUCUAGUUCAGGUCACUCAUCUAGCAGCCAGCAACAUGGAUCUAGUUCAGGUGGAAGGUCAAGCAGUACUGGAGGACAAGGGCACAGAUCCAGUUCCAAGCAGUCUUCCUACUCUGGCAGACAUAGCUCUGGCUCCACUUCUGGCUCUGGCUCUGGCUCCUGCUCUGAAUCUGGCUCUGAAUCUGGCUCAGAAUAUGGCUCACGUCAGUCAUCAGGCUCUAAACACCAGGGCUCUAGCUCAGGCCGUUCCUCCAGCUCUGGAAGAAAAGGUUCGAGUUCGGGCUCAAGCUCAGGUCAAUCCUCCUCUAACAGGAGGCACAGGUCCAGUUCAGAGGAGGAAUCAGGAAGCUCUGGAGUAAAAGGACAAAGAUCCAGCUCGCAUCAGUCCUCUAGUUCAGGCAGAUAUGGCUCAGGCUCUGGCUCUAGCUCUGGUCAACAUAGCUCUAGUUCAGGUCACUCAUCUAGCAGACAGAACCAUGGAUCUAGUUCAGGUGGAAGGUCAAGCAGCUCUAAACACCAGGGCUCUAGCUCAGGCCGUUCCUCCAGCUCUGGAAGAAAAGGUUCCAGUUCAGGCUCAAGCUCAGUAAAAGGACAAAGAUCCAGCUCACAUCAGUCCUCUAGUUCAGGUAAAUAUGGCUCAGGCUCUAGCUCUAGCUCUGGCCGAUAUGGCUCUAGUUCAGGUCACUCAUCUAGCAGCCAGCAACAUGGAUCUAGUUCAGGCCGUUCCUCCAGCUCUGGAAGAAAAGGUUCGAGUUCGGGCUCAAGCUCAGGUCAAUCCUCCUCUAACAGGAGGCACAGGUCCAGCUCUGGCUCUAGCUCUGGUCAACAUAGCUCUAGUUCAGGUCACUCAUCUAGCAGACAGAACCAUGGAUCUAGUUCAGGUGGAAGGUCAAGCAGUAGUGGAGGACAAGGACAUAGAUCCAGUUCCAAGCAGUCUUCCUACUCUGGCAGACAUAGCUCUGGCUCCACUUCUGGCUCUGGCUCUGGCUCCUGCUCUGAAUCUGGCUCUGAAUCUGGCUCAGAAUAUGGCUCACGUCAGUCAUCAGGCUCUAAACACCAGGGCUCUAGCUCAGGCCGUUCCUCCAGCUCUGGAAGAAAAGGUUCCAGUUCAGGCUCAAGCUCAGGUCAAUCCUCCUCUAACAGGAGGCACAGAUCCAGCUCAGAGGACGAAUCAGGAAGCUCUGGAGUAAAAGGACAAAGAUCCAGCUCACAUCAGUCCUCUAGUUCAGGUAAAUAUGGCUCAGGCUCUAGCUCUAGCUCUGGCCGAUAUGGCUCUAGUUCAGGUCACUCAUCUAGCAGCCAGCAACAUGGAUCUAGUUCAGGUGGAAGGUCAAGCAGUACUGGAGGACAAGGGCACAGAUCCAGUUCCAAGCAGUCUUCCUACUCUGGCAGACAUAGCUCUGGCUCCACUUCUGGCUCUGGCUCUGGCUCCUGCUCUGAAUCUGGCUCUGAAUCUGGCUCAGAAUAUGGCUCACAUCAGUCAUCAGGCUCUAAACACCAGGGCUCUAGCUCAGGCCGUUCCUCCAGCUCUGGAAGAAAAGGUUCCAGUUCAGGCUCAAGCUCAGGUCAAUCCUCCUCUAACAGGAGGCACAGAUCCAGCUCAGAGGAGGAAUCAGGAAGCUCUGGAGUAAAAGGACAAAGAUCCAGCUCGCAUCAGUCCUCUAGUUCAGGCAGAUAUGGCUCAGGCUCUGGCUCUAGCUCUGGUCAACAUAGCUCUAGUUCAGGUCACUCAUCUAGCAGACAGAACCAUGGAUCUAGUUCAGGUGGAAGGUCAAGCAGUAGUGGAGGACAAGGACAUAGAUCCAAAUAUGGCUCACGUCAGUCAUCAGGCUCUAAACACCAGGGCUCUAGCUCAGGCCGUUCCUCCAGCUCUGGAAGAAAAGGUUCCAGUUCAGGCUCAAGCUCAGGUCAAUCCUCCUCUAACAGGAGGCACAGAUCCAGCUCAGAGGACGAAUCAGGAAGCUCUGGAGUAAAAGGACAAAGAUCCAGCUCACAUCAGUCCUCUAGUUCAGGUAAAUAUGGCUCAGGCUCUAGCUCUAGCUCUGGCCGAUAUGGCUCUAGUUCAGGUCACUCAUCUAGCAGCCAGCAACAUGGAUCUAGUUCAGGUGGAAGGUCAAGCAGUACUGGAGGACAAGGGCACAGAUCCAGUUCCAAGCAGUCUUCCUACUCUGGCAGACAUAGCUCUGGCUCCACUUCUGGCUCUGGCUCUGGCUCCUGCUCUGAAUCUGGCUCUGAAUCUGGCUCAGAAUAUGGCUCACAUCAGUCAUCAGGCUCUAAACACCAGGGCUCUAGCUCAGGCCGUUCCUCCAGCUCUGGAAGAAAAGGUUCCAGUUCAGGCUCAAGCUCAGGUCAAUCCUCCUCUAACAGGAGGCACAGAUCCAGCUCAGAGGAGGAAUCAGGAAGCUCUGGAGUAAAAGGACAAAGAUCCAGCUCGCAUCAGUCCUCUAGUUCAGGCAGAUAUGGCUCAGGCUCUGGCUCUAGCUCUGGUCAACAUAGCUCUCGUUCAGGUCACUCAUCUAGCAGCCAGCAACAUGGAUCUAGUUCAGGUGGAAGGUCAAGCAGUAGUGGAGGACAAGGACAUAGAUCCAGUUCCAAGCAGUCUUCCUACUCUGGCAGACAUAGCGCUGGCUCCACUUCUGGCUCUGGCUCUGGCUCCUGCUCUGAAUCUGGCUCUGAAUCUGGCUCAGAAUAUGGCUCACAUCAGUCAUCAGGCUCUAAACAUCAGGGCUCUAGUUCAGGCCGUUCCUCCAGCUCUGGAAGAAAAGGUUCGAGUUCGGGCUCAAGCUCAGGUCAAUCCUCCUCUAAGAGGAGGCACAGGUCCAGCUCAGAGGAGGAAUCAGGAAGCUCUGGAGUAAAAGGACAAAGAUCCAGCUCACAUCAGUCCUCUAGUUCAAGUAAAUAUGGCUCAGGCUCUGGCUCUAGCUCUGCUCAACAUGGCUCUAGUUCAGGUCACUCAUCUAGCAGACAGAACCAUGGAUCUAGUUCAGGUGGAAGGUCAAGCAGUAGUGGAGGACAAGGGCAUAGAUCCAGGUCCAAGCAGUCUUCCUACUCUGGGAGACAUAGCUCUGGCUCCACUUCUGGCUCUGGCUCUGGCUCCUGCUCUGAAUCUGGCUCUGAAUCUGGCUCAGAAUAUGGCUCACGUCAGUCAUCAGGCUCUAAACACCAGGGCUCUAGCUCAGGCCGUUCCUCCAGCUCUGGAAGAAAAGGUUCCAGUUCAGGCUCAAGCUCAGGUCAAUCCUCCUCUAACAGGAGGCACAGAUCCAGCUCAGAGGACGAAUCAGGAAGCUCUGGAGUAAAAGGACAAAGAUCCAGCUCGCAUCAGUCCUCUAGUUCAGGUAAAUAUGGCUCAGGCUCUAGCUCUAGCUCUGGCCAAUAUGGCUCUAGUUCAGGUCACUCAUCUAGCAGACAGAACCAUGGAUCUAGUUCAGGUGGAAGGUCAAGCAGUAGUGGAGGACAAGGGCACAGAUCCAGUUCCAAGCAGUCUUCCUACUCUGGCAAACAUAGCUCUGGCUGCACUUCUGGCUCUGGCUCUGGCUCCUGCUCUGAAUCUGGCUCUGAAUCUGGCUCAGAAUAUGGCUCACAUCAGUCAUCAGGCUCUAAACACCAGGGCUCUAGCUCAGGCCGUUCCUCCAGCUCUGGAAGAAAAGGUUCCAGUUCAGGCUCAAGCUCAGGUCAAUCCUCCUCUAACAGGAGGCACAGAUUCAGCUCAGAGGAGGAAUCAGGAAGCUCUGGAGUAAAAGGACAAAGAUCCAGCUCGCAUCAGUCCUCUAGUUCAGGCAGAUAUGGCUCAGGCUCUGGCUCUAGCUCUGGUCAACAUAGCUCUAGUUCAGGUCACUCAUCUAGCAGCCAGCAACAUGGAUCUAGUUCAGGUGGAAGGUCAAGCAGUAGUGGAGGACAAGGGCAUAGAUCCAGUUCCAAGCAGUCUUCCUACUCUGGCAGACAUAGCGCUGGCUCCACUUCUGGCUCUGGCUCUGGCUCCUGCUCUGAAUCUGGCUCUGAAUCUGGCUCAGAAUAUGGCUCACAUCAGUCAUCAGGCUCUAAACAUCAGGGCUCUAGUUCAGGCCGUUCCUCCAGCUCUGGAAGAAAAGGUUCGAGUUCGGGCUCAAGCUCAGGUCAAUCCUCCUCUAAGAGGAGGCACAGAUCCAGCUCACAUCAGUCCUCUAGUUCAGGCAGAUAUGGCUCAGGCUCUGGCUCUAGCUCUGCUCAACAUGGCUCUAGUUCAGGUCACUCAUCUAGCAGACAGAACCAUGGAUCUAGUUCAGGUGGAAGGUCAAGCAGUAGUGGAGGACAAGGGCAUAGAUCCAGGUCCAAGCAGUCUUCCUACUCUGGCAGACAUAGCUCUGGCUCCACUUCUGGCUCUGGCUCUGGCUCCUGCUCUGAAUCUGGCUCUGAAUCUGGCUCAGAAUAUGGCUCACGUCAGUCAUCAGGCUCUACACACCAGGGCUCUAGCUCAGGCCGUUCCUCCAGCUCUGGAAGAAAAGGUUCCAGUUCAGGCUCAAGCUCAGGUCAAUCCUCCUCUAACAGGAGGCACAGAUCCACCUCAGAGGACGAAUCAGGAAGCUCUGGAGUAAAAGGACAAAGAUCCAGCUCGCAUCAGUCCUCUAGUUCAGGUAAAUAUGGCUCAGGCUCUAGCUCUAGCUCUGGCCAAUAUGGCUCUAGUUCAGGUCACUCAUCUAGCAGCCAGCAACAUGGAUCUAGUUCAGGUGGAAGGUCAAGCAGUACUGGAGGACAAGGGCACAGAUCCAGUUCCAAGCAGUCUUCCUACUCUGGCAAACAUAGCUCUGGCUCCACUUCUGGCUCUGGCUCUGGCUCCUGCUCUGAAUCUGGCUCUGAAUCUGGCUCAGAAUAUGGCUCACAUCAGUCAUCAGGCUCUAAACACCAGGGCUCUAGCUCAGGCCGUUCCUCCAGCUCUGGAAGAAAAGGUUCCAGUUCAGGCUCAAGCUCAGGUCAAUCCUCCUCUAACAGGAGGCACAGAUCCAGCUCAGAGGAGGAAUCAGGAAGCUCUGGAGUAAAAGGACAAAGAUCCAGCUCGCAUCAGUCCUCUAGUUCAGGCAGAUAUGGCUCAGGCUCUGGCUCUAGCUCUGGUCAGCAUGGCUCUAGUUCAGGUUGGUCAUCUAGCAGCCAGCAACAUGGAUCUAGUUCAGGUGGAAGAUCAAGCAGUAGUGGAGGACAAGGGCAUAGAUCCAGUACCAAGCAGUCUUCCAGUUCUGCCAAACAAGGCUCUGGCUCUGGCUCCUGCUCUGAAUCUGGCUCAGAAUAUUGCUCACGUCAGUCAUCAAACUCUAAACACCAGGGCUCUAGCUCAGGCCGUUCCUCCAGCUCUGGAAGAAAAGGUUCCAGUUCAGGCUCAAGAUCAGGUCAAUCCUCCUCUAACAGGAGGCACAGGUCCAGUUCAGAGGAGGAAUCAGGAAGCUCUGGAGUAAAAGGACAAAGAUCCAGCUCGCAUCAGUCCUCUAGUUCAGGCAGAUAUGGCUCAGGCUCUGGCUCUAGCUCUGGUCAACAUAGCUCUAGUUCAGGUUGCUCAUCUAGCAGCCAGCAACAUGGAUCUAGUUCAGGUGGAAGGUCAAGCAGUCAUGGAGGAAAGGCUCAUAGAUCCAGUUCCAAGCAGUCUUCUAGAUCGGGCAGACAAGGUUCUACGUCUGGCUCUAGCUUUGGCUCUGGAUCUUGCUCCUGCUCAGGUUCAGGCUCAGGCUCCACCUCUGACUCAGAAAUUGGCUCUGAAUAUGGCUCAGGUCAAUGUUCAGACUCCAAACACCAGGGCUCUAACACAGGCCAUUCCUCCUACUCUCAAGAACAUAGUUCAAGUACAGGCUCAAGUUCAGGUCAAUCCUUUUCUAAGAGGAGGAAUAAGUCCAAUUCAGAGGAGUAA